CCGUCGGCGAGGCGGGCGCUGGCGCUGGGGGCUGCCGGGGCGCCGGGGGCGGCGGGGCGGCGCGGCGGGCACCGGGCGCGGGCAGAGCUGCGGGCACCAGCCACGCCGGUGUCGUCGUUGCCGCCGCCGCCGCCGUCACCACCGCCACCACCGCCGGGCGGAUCCGCGCUGCUGCCGGAGCUUCUUUUCGUCGCUUCACUCCGGCGGCCCGGAGCAGGGACAUUAUGCCGAAGAGAAAGUCUCCAGAGGGUGCUGAAGGCAAGGAUGCAGCAAAAGUAACUAAACAAGAGCCUACAAGACGAUCAGCAAGAUUGUCAGCUAAACCUGCUCCACCAAAACCUGAACCCAAACCAAGAAAAACCACAAAGAAGGAACCUGGAACAAAGGCCAACAAAGGUGCUAAAGGGAAGAAGGAUGAAAAGCAAGAAGCUGCAAAGGAAGGUACUACACCAUCUGAAAAUGGUGAAAAUAAAGCUGAAGAGAUUCGCUUCUCUCGCUCAACUGUUAGUGUUUCAACAUCCAGAGGUGCCCCACCCAGCACACUGUCAGUAAAAGGGCAGAUUGAAACAGUGAAAGUUAAGGGUACGGUAGAGCAUUCAGCAUGUGUGCAGUGAAUAGAAGCAGGUAGUAGUGUGGUGCUUUUCAGUAUGAGCAAUGGAAGCUGACAGGUAAGGCUUGUAUUGCUUUUGAAAAGCUGGGACCAGUAAUUUAAGCAAAGUGUGUGAAUGUACCUGUUCUGUUUGUGUCAAUGUAAUAUGGACGUAGGUUUGAAACUGAGCUGUUGCAAAUAAGGAACUGAAUGACUAAGGGUAGUUUGGGUAUUUAGGCAUGUAAUGGCAAUUUACUACAGUAGUUAAUUUAUUUCUUUCUUCUCCACAGGCUCAGAAAACUGAAUCUGUAGGUGACAAGAAUGAAUGAAAUAUCUUGAAAAUUUUGGGUUGAUUUUAUGUACCUCUUGGACAACUUUUAAAAGAUAUUUUUAUCAAGUAUUUUGUAAAUGCUAAUUUUUUUAGGACUAUGAUAGUUGACAUAUUAAACUGUAUAUGAACAUUUCCCUUCUCAUAACAGUGCUUUUAGAAAUUCCCAUUGUUGCCAAGUAAUAUAAAUAUCAACUUAUUAUUGCAAGGUGUGUGUAAAAUUGGAUCAGCAUUCCAUACACUUGCUUUAAGAAAUUAAGUCUUGUGCAUAUGGUGAUGUUUUUACUGUGCGUAUUUGAAUUUUUCAUGCAGUUUUUCUAGAGCAAUAAUCAGUGGUGCUUUUGUACUUAGGGUUUAUGUGAUUUUAAUGAAACAUGGAUAGAUGUGGCCACCUGCUGACUAUUUUGGGUUCUUUUAAUGGAUUAAAAUAAAAGGUCUCCUUGCCUGCAAAA